AUGUUCUUCUCCAGAGCUGCCGUUCUUCUCUUUGGCGCUGGCCUCGUGGCUGCUGCCCCCGUUGAGAAGCGCGCUGAGAUCACCGACGCCGACAUCCUCAACUAUGCUUUGACUUUGGAGCACCUCGAAGAUACCUUCUACCGCGAGGGUCUGGCAAAGUUCACUCAGGAGCAGUUCGCCGAGGCUGGUUUCGACGCCACAUUCUACGCAAACCUGAAGGAGGUUGCCAGCGACGAGGCCGAACAUGUCAAGUUCUUGACUGGCGGACUUACCGCUGCCGGUGCCACUCCUGUCGCAGAAUGCACGUACGACUUUGGCUACACCGAUGUCAACAGCUUCCUCGCUACAGCGUCAAUUUUGGAGGGUGUUGGUGUCUCUGCCUACCUGGGUGCCGCAGCGGACAUUAUGUCGAAGACCUACCUCACCGCCGCGGGCUCCAUCCUUACGGUCGAGGCUCGUCACUCAGCAUACCUACGCGCCAAGCUCGGCAAGAGCCCAUUCCCUCAGCCAUUUGACGCUCCCUUGUCCUUGAACGAGGUUUAUUCAUUGGCAUCACCUUUCAUCACCUCUUGCCCGUCGACCAACCCCGCUCUUCCCGUCAAGGCAUUCCCUGCCUUGGCCCUAGACCCCACCACCGCCGCACCAGUCAAGACUGGUGAUACUGUAACCUUGUUGACCUCGGGUUACACUGUCACUGGCGGAAAGGUUUACGCUGCUUUCAUCGCAGUGACCGGCCCUACAUUCGUUGAGGCUACUCCUGUCGAUGGUGGCUUUUCGGUCAUGAUUCCUGAGGGUUUUGCUGGCCAGAGUUACGUUGUUCUUACUGGAUGCAACGAGAGUGUCUCAGAUGAUACUGUCGUCGCUGGACCUGCUAUUAUUGAAAUUGGAAACUAA